GCAGCAGCCGAAGUAGCAGCAGCAGCAGCAGCAGUAGCAGUCAGGACGAAAAAAGGAUUUGUUGCAGACUGACUUUCCUUUGAACGAAAAAUGUUGUAAAAAAAUAAAGGAAAAAUAGAAAAAUAAAUAAUUUGUAAGAUAAGCAGGUACGUCAAGAUGCGUCAGUUCAACAUCUCGGUCAUUGGACUAUCCGGGACCGAAAAGGACCGCGGCCAGGUGGGUGUCGGCAAGUCAUGCCUCUGCAACAGAUUCAUGCGACCGAUGGCCGAUGACUACUUCAUCGAUCACAUAUCAGUGCUCAGCCAGAGCGAUUUUAGUGGCAGGAUCGUCAACAAUGAUCACUUCCUCUAUUGGGGCGAGGUGCGAAAGACGACGGACGAGGGCGUUGAAUACCAAUUCAAUAUUAUCGAACAGACCGAAUUCAUGGACGAUUCCACUUUUCAGGCCUUUAAGGUCGGUAAAAUGGAUCCGUAUCUGAAGCGGUGCACCGCCACCAAGGUCUUCUCUGCGGAGAAACUAAUGUACAUAUGCAAGAAUCAAUUGGGAAUCGAAAAGGAAUAUGAACAGAAGGUGAUGCCCGAUGGAAGGCUAAGUAUUGAUGGCUUUGUUGUCGUCUUCGAUGUUAGUCCAGUGCCCAAUCGGAGUGUCGAGAAGCAGGUGGAGUUCGUACAGAAUGCCAUUGCCAGUAUAUUGAAGAAUAAGAAACCGUUGGUGCUGGUGACCACCAAGAACGAUGAUGCCUACGAGCUGUAUGUUAGGGAGGCGGAGAAGAUUAGCCAACGGAAGGAUUAUAAGAGCACCGUACAACUCAUCGAGACAUCCGCCCAUGAGAGUAUUAAUAUUGAUUUGGCCUUCCUACUCCUCGCCCAGAUGAUCGACAAGGUUAAGAACCGGGUAAAGAUCAUCUCAUACCAGGAGUCGGCCAAAUCCCGUAAAGAACUCCUCGAUACCAGAUCGGAGGCUGUUACACGACUGAUACGGAAUCAGAUAACCGAUUAUCAUGUAUUGUGGUCGCAGGGAUCGAAGAUGCUAUCACAGUAUCGUGAAUGGAAUGAGUUCCUUAACAUUUUUGGUCACGAAGCUGGCCAGAAACUGUUCCGGCGUCACAUGAAGAAGCUACGCGACGAUCAUCUCAAUAAGAAACUAGCACAGUAUUUGGAUAAAUUUGCAUUGGCGCUGGAGUGUAUGCUGCCGGAUAUCGGAGCGUUGAAUAUCAGUGACGAGGAUGCGUGGGAGGGGGCACGAAACUAUUUACAGAAUCAUAUCGAUUUCGAGCAGUAUUUCUUUGAGUGCCCGCAGGCAUCAUGGACAGAGCUGGUGGACAUGGACGAGGCCGAGGAUGAGGCGCGUAUACCGUUUGAUGUUCUCGAAACAUCCGAGGCGGAGACAGUUUUCCGUAACUAUUUAAAUUCCGUGCAACAGGAUAAAAAGAAAAUUGGAUGGAAGCAACAGUUCAAGAUGCUGCUGGAGGAGUCUGGAUUUGUGACGCCUGGGAAACAGUUGUCCGAGGUGCGGGUCCUGUUCAUGGGACGGGAAUGUUUCGAGGCGCUGUCGGAGCACGACUGCCAACAGAUCUAUGACAUCCAUCAGGACGAGAUUAUUGAGAAGAGCAAGCAGAACUUUGUGGAACUACUCCUGGAGCAUGCCCAGUACUUUCUGCAGUUCAAGAAUGUCGACAAUAUCACCCAGGAGGAUGUACGCCAGAUCACGGAAGUUAUACAGGAGGAUUCACGCUACAAGAUGCUCGAUCGUUUGGAUCAGGAGCGUCGUAUGAUGCUCCUGCAGCAUCUUCGCUUCAUUCACUGCCCCAUCCGAGAGCACUGUCCCUUCUUCUACAACUGUGUUGAUAGCCUGAUCGAGGAGGUGCUCUCCGACAAGACCACCGGCAAUCAUAAAACACCCAGUGGCGGUGGCGGAUGGAAGAGCACCGGUGGCAGUGAUCGGACACUGAAUCUAUUGAUUGUCGGGUCGGAGCAUUUGGCCAGUGAUCUGCUGAACGAUAUACGGAUCUGUACGGGCAGCAAGGGAGAGUACAUCUACGAGAAUCAAACGUAUUAUCUUAACUAUAGGAUUGCCAAUGGCGACAUGGAGGCCUUCAAGGCCAUCGAUGUCUACUCAAGUGGUCUCAUCUGCGUCUAUUCCAACCAGCAGUCGUUUGAAACGCUCAAGGAUAACUUGGAGCGAACGCUUCUAUGCAAUUUGGAGCUGGAGGAUAAGUUUGAGAAUCUGCCAAUUGUAUUGGUGUAUCAGCCGCAGGAUCUGAAAGAGAACGAAGUGGAGUAUCUGCGGAGCGAGGGUAUGCGUCUAUCAGAGAUGCUGCACUGCGAUUUCAUUGAUCAUACGCAGAAUCAUCAGAAAUAUGUAUAUGAUAUACUGAACAUUGUCAUCCUAUCGUUGAAACUAACCGAAAUGAAGAGCUACGAGCCAUAUCCCUCCAAUCACACCGAUUUGCGCAUCCUGUGCUGCAUCUUCUGUGGCGAUCAGUACGAUAUCGAGAACAUUGUCCAGCCCCUGGUGGCCGAAUCGACGCUGGUCAAGGCCGGUGAGCAUUCGAUUAUAAUUGAUGUGUUCAUUGGUGAUGCCAAGAGGCGGGUGGAGUUCAUACUGUCCUCCUAUCACGGCACUAGCCAGUAUCGCGAUGAACUCAUCCAUGGCUAUAUUUAUUUUUAUUCCGCCAAGCGUCGCUCCUCUUUGGCCAACUUAAGUAUCCUGGCUGCCCAGAAUGCCAACAUUCCUUUACAAAUCAUAGCUGUCACGGAGAGCGGUGGUGUGAACGCGUUCUUCAAUAGUGACAUCUGCCAGUUCUUGAUCACCGAGGGCAAUGCGGUGGCUGAUCGUUUCAAGGGCAGCUUCAUGACCUUCUCAGCGGAUCAGUAUGUCAAGUUUGCUUUUUAUAAUCCAUUCCUAAAAAAUGCCUGGGAUAAUAAGUACGAGGUGGAGAACUUGCAUGUGGAGGAGUCAAUUACAUUGGAUUCGGGUGAGGGUACAUUGGAGAACUCGGUUAACCAGAUGCCACGCCCACCGCCACGCCACGAAAGCUAUAUGCUAUCGAAUACACUUGGAACAGAUGGUUCCGGCAGCGAGAAUUACGAAAUGCUUCCUACCCGAUCUCUCAACUCAUUAAAUGAAGAAAGAGAUAUAUCAUUAGAUGAAAUCUACGAUGACAACAACGAAAAACCCAAGCACCUCCAUCAAAGAUUCCAGAUAUUCCCUCCUCCAACAACUCCUCCAGAGCCAGCCCCUCCAGAUCAUCAGCUCAUUACAUGCACAUAUAAGAGUCAAUUCGUUUCGGCUUCAGAAUCAAGUUUGGAAGAAAUAACAUCCGAUGUCAGCGGAUCGAAGGAUUCAUUGGCCACCCACGAUGCAGAAUGGUUGGAGGACAAGAGCGACGGUCGCCGGAACAUGAACAAGAACUCCAUUUGGAAUAACUUUAGUGGCUCCACACACGCCUACACCACCGGCCGUCGGCACAUCGACUCCAAUCUGAACAAGAUCCGGCCGAAGGGCCCCAGCCAGACAUUGAAGGUGGGCGAGGCGCCCAGCCGGAACUGCCCGGCCAUGAGCUCCUCCACCUUCACCCUGCCCACCCAGCAGCCGGGCAAACUGAACAUGAAGAACUUUCAACUGGUUAGCGAUGCUGUUGCCAAAAUGAAUUUCACCGGUUCGGGUUCGGGAUCGGGAUCUGGUUCUGGUUCGGGUAGCACCGGCCUGGGUCUGGGUAUGGGUAUGGGCGGUAGUGGCAGCAUGGCCGACUCAUAUCUGGCCGGAUGUGAGCCGGUCGAUAAGGAUGGCAAACGAUACGAUCACGCCCAAUUGGAUGGCGAGGACGAGGACUCCGAGGAGUUGGCCGAGUACGAGCAGAUUUAUGAAAACGAAGACUGCACCGAAUCGGAUAGCUGUGCCAGUUCCACGGAGCGACGGGUGCGACAGCAGAACGCAUUCUACAAGGCCAGCAGCAAGAAGCCGGCCACCGCCAAGAAGCAAAAGAAGAAGAAGGUGGCCAUUCCCGUCCAGACGCCACGGGUGCCGCCGUUCGGUUAUGUGAGUCCGCCGGAGAUACCGCUCCACUAUCAGCGCAUGGCUGUGGGAGUCGGUGGUGGCGUCGGCGUUGGAGUUGGAGUCGGAGUGGGAGUCGGAGUUGGAGUUGGAGUUGGAGUCGGUGGAGCAGGUGAGAAGAAGAAACCCGAUUCUGGUGUAUCCGAAUUCAUGAAGAGCGACAAAUCUCCAGAGUACUCUAUGGUGCCGGAGCUAGCCGGUGGCGUCAUCUUUGGGACUGAAACCCUGCCGGAAUACAACAUGAACGCCAAAUGUCUGAAGGACUUUGAGAAGCUGGAGAAGCGACGCAUCAAAGAGGAGACGGCUCGUCUCCGUAAAAUCCAGGAGAAGGAAAAGGAGCAGGAGAAGAAGCUAAAGCGAAAGCUCAAACAGAAUGCCAAGGGACUGGCCGAAUCGGCGGAGGCGCAAUUUGGCAAGCUAAUGAUCAGUUCGGACAAGGACGAGAUCCCCAUAUUCCUCAACAAGUGUGUCGAGUUUAUUGAGAAGGAGGGACUCGAUUCCGAGGGUAUAUACCGAGUGCCCGGUAGCCGGGCGCAUGUCGACAUGCUCUUCCAGCGAUUCGAGGACGAUGCCAACACCGAGAUAGAUGCUUUGGAUAUUCCGGUUAAUGCUGUGGCCACCGCCCUCAAGGACUUCUUCUCCAAGCGCCUGCCGCCAUUGUUCAGCAAGGAUAUCAUUAAGGAGCUAGAGGAGAUUGCCGGAUCACGUGGUGUGGGCUCCUCGAAACUGAAUGUGGAGGUCAAGACAGAUCGAAGUUGCCGCUUGAUAGCUUUAAAGUCGCUGCUCCAGAAGCUGCCGCCCAUCAACUUUGCCAUACUCAAAUACAUAUUCCAGCACUUUGUGCAUGUAUCGGACAACUCCAAGCUAAACAGCAUGGAUAGCAAAAACUUGGCCAUAUGCUGGUGGCCAACACUAAUACCCAUUGACUUUACGGACAUGGGGCACUUUGAACAGCUGCGUCCCUAUCUGGAGGACAUUGUCCAGACGAUGAUCGACCAGUUUCCAUAUCUGUUCUGCGGCAAGGAUGCUUUCGUUAUGGUCUAGGCCUAGAUCAAUGCCAGGAUAACCGGAUCCGGAUCCUGGUUGCUGGACUCGAAGCCAAAACGAGAUAGCUAGAUUCAAUGUCUGUGUGUAUGUGUGUGUGUGUGUGUUAGUUAUGCAUGAGUGAGGGGGGGGAGGUAGGGGUUAGGAUGGACAUAUAUAUAUACAUAUAUAUUUCUUUAUAACAUAUAUAGGAUUGAGGAAUUAUUGGAUUUAAGAAGAAGGCAGCCCAUCGAUCGAUCGAUUCAUUCAAAUGAGGAUCAGCAGCCAGGCAUAUAUACAUAUUAAUAAUAUAGUAUAUAAAUCGGUUAGUUUGUAUGUUCUUUGUGUCUGUGUGUGUGUGUCUGUGUGUGUGUCUGUGUGUGUGUGUGAGAUAUAUAUAUUUUAUAUAUAUAACAUAUAUUUUGUAUCAAUGGCUUUGUUGUGUUUCCGUGAUAUAUGUAAACGCGUCGUCAAGUAUGUGUGUGUGUGUGUGUGUGUGUGUGUGUGGGUGUCCUUGUCGUUGAAUCCUUGUGAGUGAGACAACCAACCGACUCUCCCCUCUCCCCCCCUCCCAACGACAACGCACAAAUAAAUACAAAUAAUAUUUAAAAAUAAAAAAAAACAGGAAACGAUAGCCAAGAAGGAAUAGAU